AUGGCAGACAGCUCGGGCAAGGCGGACACGAUCCAGUCCGAGCGGCUGUCGCACUGGCACCCGAACAUGACGGUCAGCCUGGUGCACGACUUCACCACCUGGACGCGCGCCGCGCUCGUGCCACCCAUCGACGAGUACCUGCAGUUCACGCCCUCCGGCGAACGCUACAGGCCCAUCCUCUUCAUCAACGAUUACUGGAACCUCAACAAGGACUACUUCCCGCUCAACGACACGAUGAAGGAGCUGGAGCUGCUGCUCACGUUCCACCCUAUCACGUUCUUCAAGUUCCAGCUGUACAGCUCCAUGGGCAUGCGGAACAAGUGGACGGCGAGCCUGCUGGGAGACGCCGCCGGUGAAGAGAAUGACGAGGACCAGGACUCGAUGAAGGAGGCGAUCCUGGAGACGAACGUCUACCUGAUGGCGCUGACUGUGGCCGUGUCGCUGCUGCACAGCGUGUUCGAGUUCCUCGCCUUCAAGAACGAUAUCCAGUUUUGGAACAACCGGGAGUCGCUGGAGGGCCUGUCGGUGCGCUCCGUCUUCUUCGGCGUGUUCCAGGCGGUCGUCAUUCUGCUCUACGUCCUGGACAACGACACCAACACCGUCAUCAAGAUCAGCUGCGGCAUCGGUCUGCUGAUCGAGCUAUGGAAGAUCACCAAGGUGUCGGACGUGAAGAUCGACCGGCAGAACCGACUGCUGGGCAUCAUACCACGCGUCACGUUCGCCGACAAAGGCUCCUACGUGGAAUCGAGCACGCGGAAAUACGACAAGCUGGCCUUCAGGUACCUGUCCUGGGCGCUCUUCCCGCUGUUGGGCGGAUACGCCGUGUACAGCGUGGUGUACAUGGAGCACAAGGGCUGGUACUCGUGGGUGCUCUCCAUGCUGUAUGGCUUCCUACUGACCUUCGGUUUCAUCAUGAUGACGCCUCAGCUAUUCAUCAACUACAAGAUGAAGUCGGUUGCCCAUUUGCCGUGGCGCAUGCUGACGUACAAGGCGCUCAACACGUUCAUCGACGACAUGUUUGCCUUCGUCAUCAAGAUGCCGAUGAUGUACAGAAUUGGCUGUCUGCGGGACGACGUCGUCUUCUUCAUCUUCUUGUACCAGCGCUACAUCUACCGCGUCGACCCGAGCCGCAUGAACGAGUUCGGCUACUCGCAGGAGAUGCUGGAGCGCCGGGGUCAGCCGGCGGCCGACGGCGCGACCGCUGCGCCGCCGCUGGAGGGCGCGCCGGCCGAGCCAGCCCCACAGAAGCCGGCAGCCGAGAAGAAGGCUGACUGAGCGCGGUGCACCUAGUCGGCGGACGUCCGUGUGCGUGUCUCUGUGUGUGUGCAUGUUGUGAGGCCAGCCCGUGGCCGGCAGGCUGGCGCUGACCGUGCGCUCCGCCUGCCCCGUCACAAGCUGUCCGCCACGGGCGGGACGGACGGAUGGCCCGUCCGACCCCGCGAGCUUGUGGAGAUUACUGUAUACAAUGUUUUAGUCCACCCCGUGCAUACCCUGUGUUCGCCGCGUGCUGGCAGGCCACGUCCCCUCGUCACUCGCCCCCGAUGCGUGGGCGCGCCAGCACGCGCUAUUGUGGUAAUUUAUACAUUCAGUGAUGGUCUUUGCUCGUUGGAAUAAUACACGCAGGGGCGCGC